ACGAGACGAGUAUUGUAAGAGAGUAUAAGAAUGGGGACAGGGAGGGAGGCAGAUCAGUUUAACCACUGUGUGUGUGAAUCCCUCCCACCAAAAGAAAAAAGGGGAAAAAAGCCGAAGUCCUUGGCAGGAAGAACUGCUAAUGUACUAUGGUUUUUAUUUUCAUUUUUACAGACUUGACUGGUCUUUAGUGACGAUUGUUCCUGCUCUCGGUGAGUCCCGUACAGUUUACAGGUGUGGAAAUUCCGCUUGCAGACUUUAACUUGGCGCAUGUUUCGAGCAGGGCUCUUACGCACAGCUGAACUCUGCCUGGGCUGCUGGUUAUCAGCUGUCAGCAGUGAGAGCUGCAAGCCUGCCCAUUCCCCACUUUACCCUAUCUCUCCAGCACACGUGCGCCUGUGUAUGGACCGUGUAAGCCUGGACCAGGGCUGCCCAACCCCGUUCCUGAAGAUUUACCAUCCCGUAGGUUUUCAGUUCAACCCUAAUCUGGCCCACCUGAUUCGACUAAUUAACAGCUCAACAGAGAUCUCUAGCUGUUGAAUGCAGUGCAGGCUGCUCUGUUAGGGUUGGAGUGAAAGCCCACUGGACGGUAGAUCUCCAGGAACAGGGUUGGGCAGCCUAUGCGUAUGACCUGCGUAUGGUUGGAGUAUGUGUAAGCACUAUGUAGAAUUGGGUAUGGGUUUGGCCUGUGUAGCGCUGGAGUAAGUGUAUGUGUUAUGUAGAGUUAGAGUAUGUUCCGUUUCAACUUCAUGGACAAAUGACUGCCUGUAGUCCUUCUUCAGCUCUGCUGGUUUUCAUUAUUACAUGGCAUUUUAAUAAUCAAUAUGAGCUGCUCAUUACACAGUUAAUUCACAUAACCUGCUUACAUGGGUCUGAGGUGGGUGCUGUUAAAGGUGAAAACAGAAACCAGCAUUGCCUGUGUCUCUCCAGGACCAGGGUUGCCAGACCCCUGACUUGGUGUAAGAGAUCAAAAUGUAUUUCAGAAACUUUAAAGUGAUGAUGAGUAUGAACGUGUCUGAAUUUAAUUUUAAAAAAUGAUAUGAUGAAUUUCAGAUAAUUUCACAUAAUUAACAUAGUUGAGUAUUCAGUACGUGGCUAUUUUAUUAUAUUCAAUAUUAUAAAAAACGUAUCCAGAAGUCAUUGGAAUAAUUUCAGUCAUAAUGUCUAUGGAUGCGACCUGAAGUUUACUCGUUGCCCAUGGCAACCAUCUUCCGCCUGUCAUUUCGCAGCCCGCGCUCGGUACCAUUGCACGACGCUGGAAGAGGCAGACGGUUGUCGGACAGUUGUUAUUUCUCAUAGACUUGCAAACUAUAUUGGUUUAAAAAUGACUUGCUCACAGAGCCACACGAAUACCUGUGUGCAGUGCCAAUUCCGGUUUAUUUAAAUAGCAUCAUCUGCAAAAUUGACUACAUAACUUUUAGACUUUUCAUGUGGAAAAAUACAAUCUAGAAUUUGCAAAAGAGCCACAGUGGGAUCGAGUGCACGCGCAGGUUUCGAACGUCCGUUUCACGAAGAGCUGUCCAACUUAAUUUUAAGACCCCAGCUGGGAUAUGGGUAGCGCUGCCUCCGUAGCGGAUGCCAAGAAAGAAGAGGUCGAGCCGGUUCCCUGUCGAGCACCUGGGGAUGAUGCCGAAUUUAAAGAUGACAAGAGCAUCGCGCCUCAUAACGUCGAAGAAGAAGAAACAUCCCGGCAAGAACCUACAAGUCACGCAAUUGAAAUUUCGUCCAGUGACGAGAGCAUUACGGAGAUGCAGGACGAGGCAGUUGAAGAAAUCGAGACCAUGUUUAAAAAGACAAUGGCGGAGGCAUCCACAGAAACGGAAGGGCCUUUAGCCUUUGAGAGUUUCCUGCAUAAGAACGGCACUCUGUACAGCUGUUUCAGCCAACACGGAAGCCGCGUGUACGUUGAUGAGACGAACGGUCUUGUCCCGUUUCCAGAUGAGUGGUACAGCGAAGGACGGUUCAUUAAUGCCACAAAUGAGCAGGCACUCAGCCAAAACGCGGCUCCCUCCGGCAGCCAGCCCGCGCCCGCCGAACCCGCGUUUGCCGAAGACGACCGCGCCAGUGCCGUGUACAUCCAGGGGAAGGGCAUGCUCAUGACCUACAUGUUUGAGGAGAAGGCCAACGUGUGCAGAUACUUUGACGCUCAGUCGGGGCUGUGGCUCCUGCUGCCGCUGCAGUGGGAGAUGAACAUCGACUUCGUCAGAAUCCGAAUUCAGCAAGUCAUGGGCGCCCUGCCGGGGCUGGCCGACCCGACGGAGGUCACCGCGGCCCUCCGGCAGUGCCGCUACGACCCCGACGAGGUCAUCUCCGCCUACCUCUCCAUCUUCGGAGACGCACUGCUCCAGCCGGCCCAGGGAGAGCAGGGCGGCAGGGAGCUGCACUCCUUCAGGACUCACCUGGAGAAGGAGCGGGUGAUAGAGGACCUGAGGCAGAGGCUACUGCUCAAAGAGCAGGAGGUGGAGAGGCUGGUCCAGAGGAACAGCCAGCUGUCCCGUGAGACGCAGAACCUGUCCGACACGCUCCAGCACCUCCACCGCACGGUGGCCGAGCUGGAGGCGGGCCAGCAGGAGGCGCGGGAGAGGGUCCGGGCCCUGCUGGCCCGCCGCCCCGCGCUGCCCCCCCCAGCCCGGCCCGAGCGGCGGCCCGCCGUGGACCCCGCCCGCCUGCAGGCGCUCGCCACCCUGACGCGCAGCCUCAACGUCGCCGGCAAGCAGCUGCGCUCGGCGGCGGCCCGGUGGCUGCAGGACGCGCGCCGCCAGGCCGCCCAGCUGGAGGAGGAGGCGCUGCGGCUGGCCCGGGCGCAGGAGGAGGCGCGCAGGGAGGCGCAGGAGCUCCGCGCGCUGUACAGGAGGGAGGCCCUGGAGAGGAAGGCGCUCUACAACAGGCUGCUGGAGCUGCAGGGGAACAUCCGCGUCUUCUGCCGCUGCCGGGCCAGCGCCGCCGCCGCCGCCGCCGCCAGCCCCUGCCUGGAGGUCACCUCCGAGGAGGAAGUGGCCGUCAGCCAGAAGAGCGGCAAGAGGAAGUUCCUCUUCGACAAGGUGUACUCCUCUAGCGCCUCUCAGGAGGCUGUGUUUGAGGGGACCCUCCCAGUCAUAGCCUCCUGUGCUGACGGGUAUAACGUCUGCAUUCUGGCCUACGGGCAGACGGGCUCGGGGAAGACCUACACCAUGAUGGGGCGCAGAGAUGAGCCAGGGGUUAACGUUCGGUCAGUCAGGGAGCUCUUACGCAUUUGUAAAGAGAGAGAAAAGGUCACCUAUGCCCUGAAGAUCUCCAUGUUAGAAGUUUACAACGACAGCUUGAACGACCUCUUGGCAAAGAGCGCGACGGGUCAUUUGGAGAUCAGGACCCAAGGGAAGUCCGUCAGCGUUCCCGGGCUCACUGCCGUGGAGGUGAAGACAGAGGAGGACAUUUUAAGCGUCAUGGAACUGGGUGAAAAAAACAGAAAGAUCGCCUCGACCAAAAUGAACAUAGAGAGCUCCCGUUCCCAUCUCAUCCUCACUCUGCGGGUGGACGGGACGGACACCGUCUCCGGGGCGACCUCCCGCGGCACCCUCACCCUGUGUGACCUGGCGGGGUCAGAGCGCAUCUCCAAAACUGAGGCCAAGGGGGCCCGGCUGCUGGAGGCCGCCUCCAUCAACAAAUCCCUGACCGCCCUGGGACAGGUGUUCAGCGCUCUGAAAAGCAACGCGCUGCACGUGCCCUUCAGGAACUCCAAGCUCACGCACCUGCUGCAGCCCUGCCUCAGCGGAGACGCCAAGGCCUGCGUGUUCGUGAACGUCAGCCCGGAGCCCAAGGACCUGCCGGAGACGCUCAGCACCCUGCAGUUCGGCUCGUCCGUCCGCCAGGUGGCCCUGGGCCGAGCCGCUCAGCACGCCAUGCCCCCCGCCACGGGGCACGGCGCCAAGGCUGAGAGAUAACCGCUC